AUGUCUCGGCCCCAGGAACCCAGCAGCACCCCUCCAGCAAGGACACUGCCGAGGAUCUGGGCCGUUAUCAACACCACGCCUUGCUUGUCAGUUAUCGGCUUUACGUGGACAAGCAUCAAAAGGAGUCACACUUACAGCAGUUCGCCGGAUGACGGGAUCCGCCCAACCAUCGAGAUAGUAUUCUCGUCGAUAAUACCACGGCUGAGGGCGAACUACGACGAUGUCCCGCCCAGUCCCAGCGAAUGA